CGCAUUCUUGUGCGCAUGUGUGACAGCGCGCGCCUCACCUGUUGAGGCCACUUAUAAUCAGGUAAUUGCUGCUGCAGGCCCGUUGGACUCGUGCGGCUCCUCUCACGCUGUAUUACAGGAGCAUAACCGCGCAGGAGGGAAAUAAUAACAGGUUACUGAGGACAGUUCGGUUUGUCCUCACCUGUCCACCUGUCUGCAGCCAUGAACACUCCAAGCAGCAGGCACGGAACGAGCACGCCAGAGCACUACAUGCCCCAAUCUUCAUCGUCGUCGGCAGAGACAGGAGGAGGCAGAGGUGGCGGUUUGUAUCUGGACGCAUAUGAGGUCUCCUUUCCCCUUGAAGAGAAUGCGGAGCGCCCACCUGCCUAUCACCUGAACCACAGCCAGCAGGUGGUGGAAGAACCAGUGGUGCAGGAGCCUCCUCAUACUCAGUACAGCCCUUUCAUCCUGGUCUCUAACCUGCGGACUCACCUGUACGUCUCUCUGGAGAAGAACACCUGGCUUCAGAAGCGCAUCGAGGAACUGGAGGAGGAGAGAAACUUCCUGCGCUGUCAGCUGGACCGCUUCAUCGUCAGCAUGAGGAGUCCAGACGCCGAAUGGUGUGGAGACGCUCAGCGUAGUGUGAAGGUCCAGCCUACCAGCUCUCCCUCCCCUCCGUCCCCCAUGACCACCAGGUCCGGGAUGACCCUCAAACGCAUCCAGAGCUCAGGACCUCGGUCCCGCCGAAACAUUGCUGUCCCAGCAGUCAAGCAGGAGUUUCACGUUGAAGAGGACAAAUACUACACCGAGGACGAGUACGUGGAGGAAGAGGAAGAGGAGGAGGAGGAGGAGGAGAACGACGAUGACUCUUGUGCGGAGAAGGCGUCCAAGAAGAAAGGCAAGGGGCGAGCCGCCGGAGAGCCGAGGAUGAAGAUGAGGAGGAUCUUCAGGAUCACGCAUGGCCGAGAGAGACAAAGAGUUAAGGACCCAGACGGGGUCCUGAUUCGUUAUAAGAAGAUCCUGUCCACCUACCAGCGGGUGAGGAGCAUGUCCCGAGCCUUCCAGAUCCACGGAGUGGACCGCAACACGAUGGCCUCCACCUCCCCCAUCGCAGAGCUGCUGCUGGUCGCGCCGGAGAAGAUGACGGAAGUCGGAGAGUUUGAGGCGUCGAAGGAGAAGCUUUUGGAUUACGCCCGGCGGUGCUACAAGACCAUGGACGACGAGACGCACGCCAAGGUCCAGAACAUGAAGAAGACCCACAAGCUGCUCCCCAUCUCCUACAGGUUCAGAAACUGA